ACGAACUAUUAAUCUGUGAUUGCAAGUUAUACCGUAAAUAGCACCGACUACAUUGUAACAAAGUAUAAGUGCAGUCACCUUGCGUAGAAGCAGGAAUAGAUACUUAAGUAGGUACCUGUCUUUAUUGUGCUUCAGUGUUCGAUAUAGUAAAUAAUGGAUGAUCAAGGCUUUCUCAAGCAAAAACCCGGUUUUGCCACGACAGCAAUCCGCAGUGGCAUUGAACCGGAUAAGUAUUCAGGAGCAGUGGUCGCUCCUAUAGUCACAUCCACUAUAUUCAAGCAGCAACCACCACCCGGGCACAAGGGAUUUAUUUAUGGCAGGUCUGGCAACCCAACCAGGUACACAUUACAAGAAUGUUUGGCUUCACUUGACGGCGGAAAAUAUGGUCUAACAUUUUCGUCAGGAUUGGGAGCAACGACAAGUAUUGUAUCCCUACUCAGCAAUGGAGAUCACAUACUGUCCAGUGAUGAUUUGUACGGUGGCACCAAUAGAUUGUUCAGACAAAUAGCUGAGAGGUUUGGAAUUCAUACAACAUUUGUCGAUUUUACCAAACUGGAAAUGCUAGAGAAAUCGAUCAAGGAAAACACAAAGAUGAUAUGGAUAGAAACACCAACGAAUCCGCUGUUAAAAGUAGUUGACAUAUCUGAAAUCUCAAAAAUAGUAAAGCAACACAACAAAGAGAUAAUGAUAGUAGUUGACAAUACAUUUCUAACUCCAUACUUGCAACGACCCCUCGACCACGGGGCCGAUGUCGUCAUGUACUCCUUAACCAAGUACAUGAACGGACAUUCAGACGUUGUGAUGGGGGCGGCGGUUAUGAAUGACGUUGAAAUUGAGAAGAGACUCCGUUUCCUGCAAGUUGCUAUGGGAAUUGUACCAUCGCCUAUGGACUGUUACUUAGUAAGUAGAAGUCUGAAGACUUUGGCUCUCCGCAUGGAACAGCACAAGAAGUCUGCACUAAUGAUUGCCGAGUGGAUGCUGAAACAUCCAAAAGUUACUGAAGUUUUACAUCCAGGUUUGCCAUCACACCCACAACACAACAUAGCAAAAAAGCAAAUGACAGGUCACUCAGGCGUUUUCAGCUUCAGACAUUCCCGCGGGCUCAAAGAAUCACGAAAAUUUCUCAGUUCCCUAAAAGUGUUUACACUAGCUGAAAGCUUAGGAGGGUACGAGAGUUUGGCGGAGUUACCAUCCCUGAUGACGCACGCCUCAGUGCCUGAAGACCAAAGGGCGGAGCUGGGCAUUACCGACGCACUCGUGAGACUGUCCGUCGGUCUGGAAGACACUGAAGAUCUCAUCGCAGAUUUGGAUCAAGCGUUUACUGUCGCAUUUCAACAACGAAUUCUUGAACUGUAAAUAAAACAAGUUGAUUAAAAUAAAUCAAA